GUACAUUAUGUAUAAUGUAUACAGGGAUACAGCUAGCUAGUCGUCAAGCGACCUACCAGCAACCAAAGCAAACGAUGAAUUUUUGUCUUCCACGCAAAAAUCAAGUGCUUUCCCUAUAAGCUAUAUUAACUUCGAUGUAGGUAUUCGUGUAUGCAGCGUCUUGGAACUAGGCACCAUCAACGCUGACAGAUCAUCAUCCCCUCAAUUUACAGGACCGGAGAAAUUGUGUAAAUUCAACCUCGAAAUCACGCAUGAAAUUCUUCAGCAUGAGUUCUACCCCGAACGCUAAGCCAGCCGUAGCCGCAACUCCUGCGCUCUACUUGUUGUAUAGACUGCAUGAAUUCAAGCAGCGGUGUAAAGAUAGACGGACAGGACAGACAGUCAGUAUACCCCCGAAAGAGAGACAAAUAACAGAGAGGGAUCUACAAAUUCUGAAUAGAAAAAUAGAUAAAUUACUUCGUAAACUAGACAAGAUUGACACAACCGAACCUUCCCCUACCAAAGAUGAAGAGUGUGUGGUAUGCCUGGCCAGACAAGCGGUGAUAUGUACAUACCCCUGCACCCACCGCGUCAUCUGCCGAAAGUGUUUCGUCAAGACCAUCCAGAUGGCGCUGUCCCAACGCCUCCUGCCCCUACGCUGCGUCGUCUGCCGCUCCAAGAUCAAGCACCUUGAGCAGGCCCCCGUGGUCGACCCUCUAUAGUGGACCACCCGGACGGGACGUCCUGGCUGACAGUGUGAGUCGAUCCUACUACCAAAAACAAAACAAAAGAAAUGUGUAAUUCGAGAGCCAGAAGGGCAAAAAUUCCUAUCCUUUCAUAAAGAGUUAUACAGUCAUACCUGUCUAUAGCGACCGCCCAAGGGAAA